AGCCUGGAGUGCAAACCAACAGUGGAAGCACAAGGAAGAGAGGACAGCAGGAAAGCAGGACUGCCUCUGAAAUGGCCACCAAACUUGUGGAUCUGGUGUACUGGCGGAACAUGAGGAAGACCGGUGUGGUGUUCACGGGGCUGGUGAUCGGUCUGGCCAGCCUGUUCCAGCUCAGUGCCAUCACCGUGCUCUCCCACAUCUGUCUGGGUGUCAUGUGCAUCACCUUCCCCCUUUGUCUCUAUUAUAAGCUGCUGGAGCUGCUGCGCUGGAACCCCGGGGUGCACCCUUUCCAGUCAUAUCUGGAUUAUGAUAACUCUCUGACAGAUAAGGACACGGUGGUGCUGGUGGAGGAGGUGGUGCUGCUGAUUGCAUUUGCCGUUACAGAGAUCAAACGCCUUCUUUUCAUCGAAAGCAUGAUCGACUCUAUUAAGUUUGUUGUGCUCCUGUAUCUGCUGUCCUAUGUUGGGGUCCUAACCAACGGACUGACUCUGGUCAUAACUGCUGUGAUUGCUGUUUUCUCCCUUCCUCUGUUGUACAAAAAGCAGCAGGUGCGGAUAAGGAGGAUGGUCAGAGUGGUCAGAGCUUUUGUAAAGAAAAUCAAAAACCUGUGCCUCAGUCUGUAUAGUUCAGCGAGACCCUCUCCUGCCCCUGCACCUGCCCCAAAACCAGCAGCUGCAGGUGUACCUGCUGUCAAACAGAAAGCCAAGUCAAAGUAACUUGUUUUGUCACACGUUGAAAGCACCCAGGAUUUGGGAUUUGGAAAAUGUUGGAAUGGUACAUCCUCUGUGGGGCCGCUGGAGGGGCAGCUCAUUUCCAUUUCUGCAUCGCAAUGUUUGUUUAUGGGAGCAAGAUUUAAUCGAUCCUGACAGCUGAAACAAAGCUGCCAUUCACUCAAGGACAGGAAGGGGAAGUGUGUGAGGAGAGGAAUUCUUAUUUACAGAGAUGCUUUGCCGGCAGUGUUUAGUAUAACCAGUUCACGCAGUCAUCUACUCUAAGCGGGGACAGCACAAUAUAUCACUGUGUUUUCCUUUGAUAUCAGGUCUUUUUUUAUAUAACCAGUAAGCGCUGUGUUCCUGCUGCUGAGCUGCACAAUUAUUCAUAACAAAGCAAUGAAGCAUUAUUGCUCCUUUCAUUAUUUAGCAUUUAUUUUUACUGACAUUAAUAUCACCUGCCAUUAAUUAACAUUAAUAGUUUUGUGCUUGCGUUGUAGAAAUAUUAGCAAAAGCUUUCUAAGCAGCAAUUGCUUACGACGUUAGUGAGACUCGCUGUCCUCUGCUCUUCAUGCAAAUUGCAUUUAAUCAGGUGCAAACAGUGAUUAUGGAUGAGUUUAGUGAUUAAAGAUACAGCUGAGGAACCUCAGCUGUCUUUGAAUUCAUUAAUGAUGCUUUCUGGCACAAAACAGCACUAAACUUUUUACUUUGCAGGUAAAAGUGGGUUACCUGCAAAACUCCCUGCUGUGGAUGAAAACAAAGCUUUGAGAGCAGUGAGAGUGAACCAAAACAAUGAGCUGAAAGAUGCUAAAAUGCUCCUUGGAGCUGAGAGAAACAACAGAGUCAGGUGAUAGCUCUCUAUGAAUAUACUGAUUAUACAUUAACUGCUUUAAGCCUGCCAGAGUUUAUUUCUCUGCUAAAUGCUGCUG